AUGGCUGCAACCAUGAACAACAAGUCGAUUCCAGCGACGAGAUACAAUUUCGCACUUGUAUUCUUCGUGGCCCUUGGCUCUUUCACCUAUGGCUUCAACGCCUCCAUCCUGGGCACGGUCUUCAGCCUUGCCCCUUUCUUCUCCUAUUUUCAUCUUGAUCUCACUGGCCCCGGUGCAGACUAUGCUAACUCGAUGAUCGGCGCUAUGAACGGCCUUUUGUCGGCUGGAGGCAUCAUCGGUUGCCUCCUUAUGACGAAGCUUGCCGACAAAUUUGGACGAAAGAGGACUAUCCAGGGGAUCUGUGCUAUUUGCGUCGUCUCGGUCAUAUUCCAGGCUGCUGCUGUACAUAUAGCUAUGUUGCUUGUAGGCAGGUUCCUCAAUGGUCUUGGGUAG